UAUUUCUCACUGCUUUGACUCAAAGAAGACAGAGCUAUGCCAAAGAAAGUGAGACCUGCAAGGAACGGGAAAGAAGAGGGGCAUGUUCCCUGUAAACAAGUGAAGGUAGAGGCAGCUUCCGAGCCUUCCACACUGAACUUUGAUAGCCCCAGUGCUCUCUUUGAAAGUCUAAUCUCGCCCAUCACGCCAAAGACUUUUUUCAAGGAUUUCUGGGAGCAAAAGCCCCUUCUCCUUCAGAGAGAUGACCCUGCAUUGGCCACGUAUUACCAGUCUCUGUUCCGGCUGUCAGAUCUGAAGAGUCUGUGCAAUCGGGGCCUGCACUAUGGAAGAGACAUAAAUGUCUGUCGGUGUAUCAGCGGGAAGAAGAAGGUUUUGAAUAAAGAUGGCAAAGUGCACUUUCUCCAGCUGAGAAAGGAUUUUGAUCAGAAAAGGGCCACUAUUCAGUUCCACCAACCUCAGAGAUUCAAGGAUGAGCUCUGGAGAAUUCAGGAGAGGCUGGAAUGCUACUUUGGCUCCUUGGUUGGCUCCAAUGUGUACAUAACUCCUGGGGGGUCUCAGGGCCUGCCCCCCCAUUAUGAUGAUGUCGAGGUUUUUGUGCUACAGCUGGAGGGAGAGAAGCACUGGCGCCUGUACCAGCCCACUGUGCCGCUGGCCCGGGAGUACUGCGUGGAACCUGAAGACAGGAUUGGGAAACCCAUGCUCGAGUUUACUCUAAAGCCAGGUGACUUGAUUUACUUUCCCAGAGGGACCAUUCAUCAGGCUGACACACCUCCAGGGCUGGCUCACUCCACUCACCUGACCAUCAGUACUUACCAGAACAAUUCAUGGGGAGAUUUUCUUCUGGACACCAUUUCAGGGAUUGUGUUUGAAACUGCAAAAGACAACGUGGAGUUGCGUGCAGGUAUACCUCGGCAGAUGCUUCUGCAGGCAGAAAGUACAACUGCUGAAACUAAAAGACUCAGUGACUUUCUGAGGACUCUUGCUGAUAGGCUGGAGGGCACCAAAGAACUGUUUUCAGCAGACAUGAAGAAGGAUUUCGUUAUAAACCGACUCCCCCCGUACUAUGUGGGAGAUGAAGCUGAACUUUCAACUCCAGGUGGACAGUUGCCAAGGUUAGACAGUACAGUGAGACUGCGGUUUAAAGACCAUGUUAUCCUCACCGUGGGGCCAGAUCAGGAGCGAUCGGAUGAAUCGCGAGAAAAGAUGCUUUACAUCUAUCAUUCCUUAAAGAACAGGAGAGAGACACACAUGAUGGGAAAUGAAGAAACGGAGGCUCACGGGCUUCGUUUUCCUUUGUCACAUGUGGAAGCACUAAAGCAGCUCUGGAACUGUUCAGAUAUUUCUGUCAAAGACUUAAGUCUUUCCACAGAUCAGGAAAAGGAAAACUUGGUAUUAUCUCUUUGGACAGAAUGCUUAAUCCAAGUAGUCUAGUCUUGAUUUUGCAGAAUCAAGACUCUACUCCUUCACAUAUGUGUAGCUGAAAAUAAAGGUUUAUGUGCCACAAAAAAAAAAAAAAAAUCAAA